GAUGAUGAUGAAAAUGACCAUAAUAUGAAUAAUAUGAAUGAUGAAUAUUUUGGUAAAACAUCCGAGAUAAUUAUUUUUGCUGAACCGGAACGCAUUAUAAAUGGCCAUAUUCUUGUCACAUUAAUGGCACCGGAUAAUUAUUAUAAAUUAAAUGUAUCACAAGCAAUAAUUUGGUUACGUUUAAUAUUAAAUCGUCGCCUAUUGAAUCGUAUGGAUCAACAAACACGAAUGAAAGUGUUGAAAAAAUCUGUUAAACUUUAUAUAUUCCGUGUAACGAAUAGUUCAUCAUCAUCAUCAUCACAAACUACUAUACGUACGACUACGACAUCAUCUUAUGAUGAUGAUGAUGAUGAUUCAGAUGAUUAUGGUCAACCUGUUUAUCCAACACCAUUUUUUCAAAAUCAAUCAUCAUCAUCAACGACUACCACUGAUGAUGAUGAUAAUGAUCAUAUUAAAUCACCAAAACGAUUAUCAUUUCAAUUAUUGGCUACACAUCGUUUAAAUUCAUUACGUCAUGGUUGGAUUAAAUUGAAUCUUACUCAAUCUAUUCGUGAUUGGUUUGAAAUGGCACAACAACAACAACAACAGCAACCACAAAUUCAAGGCGAUAAUGAAUCAGCAUCCAUUUCCGGUGAUCAUUUGAAUAAAUUAACAUUAUUGAUUGAUUGUGCCGGAUGUAAUGAUCUGUUAGGUAUUGAUUUAGGAAAUAUGACAACCUUAAUGGUUCGACAAUCACAACAACAACGAAAACAACAACAACAACAACAACAACAACAACAAUAUGGUGGAAAUAGUUCAAAAUCGAUAAUAUCGACCUUUUCUAAUCAUCAUUUUCAUAAUCAUUAUCACCAUCAUCAUCAUCAUCAUAAUAAUAAUUUAAGAAACUCAUCAUCAAAAACAACGACAACAACAAAAAAAUUAUCACGAAAAGGUCAACAUCGAAAACAUAGACAUUUUCGUCCAUUUUUAGUAUUAACAACAAAAAUUCGUUCAAAACGUCGUCAUCGUCGCCAUGCAUAUAAUUGUGAUGAUGGUAUACGACAAUGUUGUAAACAAUCAUUAUAUGUAAAUUUUGAAGAGCUUGGCUGGAAUGAUUGGAUUAUUUAUCCACGUGGUUAUCAUGCAAAUUAUUGUAUGGGUGAAUGUAUACAAUUACGUACACCGGAUAUGUUAGCAUAUUUUCAUUCACAUGUAUUGGAAGAAUAUCGUAUUAAAAAUCCAUAUGCAUCAAUAACACCUUGCUGUGCACCAACAAAAUUAUCAUCAAUUUCAUUAAUAUAUUUUGACCAAAAUCAUCAUAUUAUUAAAGCUGAUCUACCAAAAAUGGUUGUCAAUGAAUGUGGUUGUACAUAAUCAAUCGAUAACACUGGCUGACUGAUUGACUUUUAGCUCCCCCCAUACUGUAAAGAUUCUUUUUUUUUUUUUUGCUCUUCACUGUUUCCGUUUCCGCUGUUUAUUCGUUUAUUCAUUGAAAAUUCAAUUCCGGAGGUAAAUGGACAACCCCUCCCACUCACAAAAAAAAACAACCGAACAUGAGAAUUUAUUUUCAAGUAAAAAAUUUUGGCCGGAAAAUAAGUGUGUGUACACGCCACACACCUCUUAAUCAUCAUCACCAACAUCAUUAUCAUUACAAAGUUAGCAACAUUUUAUCACAGCGACCAAAAAGAAAAAAAAAUUGAAAAAAAUGAAAAAAAAAAUUUUAAAUUUAGCCUUAAAAAAAAUUUAUAUAUUAUUCUAAUUCAUUGUCCAAAGGACCAAAAAUCAAUACAUACAAUUGACCAAAAUUGACCCACCACCACCACCACCACCACCACCAUCAUCAUCAUCCCUGGUCACGAUAUAAUCAUCAUCAUCAUCAUUAUAUAAUUAAAACACCUACACACACACACACACACACAUUCCAUCAACAUUCUUCUUUCAAUCAUCUUACCAAAUUGUUGUUGUAAUUUGUUUAUACAAUGCAAGUACUACUUUUGCAUAGUGUAAACCGGAUAUCCGUACACACACACACAUAUACACUAAGCGACUUAAUUGAAUAGGAAAUAAAUAUAGGAAUAAUAAAUCUCUACUAUCAUCAUCACACAUAAUAUAUGUUUAAUCAAAUCGAUACAAUCGAUAUUUUCA